ACACACACACACACACACACACACACACACACACACACACACACACAGAGAGUCAACUCAGGAGGGGAAAAAAACGCUGACGCUGACGUAGUGACGCAAACAACAUGGCGACGCCUAUGCAUCGAUUAAUCGCUCGCAGACAAGCCGAGGCCAACAAGCAGCAUGUUCGGUGUCAGAAGUGCCUGGAACAGGGUCACUGGUCGUACGAGUGCACUGGGAAAAGAAAAUAUCUGUACAGACCUUCCAGAACGGCCGAGCUGAAGAAGAGGCUGAAAGACGAGUCUGAAAAAGCAGCCAGCGGCCCCGCAGACGGACCGGCGGCUCUGAGUGAAAAGAAAACGAAGAAGAAAAGGUCUAAAUCGUCCAGCGGCUCGAGCAGCAGCAGCAGCAGCAGCGACUCGGGCAGCUCCUCCAGCGACUCGUCGUCAGGCAGCGGCGACUCGUCCAGCUCGCUGUCGUCCUCCGAGGAUGAGGAGAGCAGCAGCAGCAGUGACAGUGAGGACACGUCCAGCUCUUCCUCCUCCUCCUCCUCCUCUUCCUCCAGCUCUGACUCAGACUCGUCCAGUGGCAGCAGCUCUGACCAGGGCCCUCCGAAGAAAAGGAAAAAGAAGAAAUAAAGACCUGAGCUGUGUGUAUUUCCAGUGUUUAACUGGUUUAUGCUCCUCCGAUGGUCCCGGGGGGGAAAGAAUCUCUGUUCAAACCCGUCGCUUUUCCUUCGCUGCUUUAAUUCGGAGAGAAGGCGAGGAGACGAGUGCUGGAUCGCUUCUCCUGCAGCGAAGAGACGGGUUGUUCAGAGCUCUGAUUAUUUCCUGUUGUGUUAUUUGUUACUGCCAGAGGAAAGAAAUGUUGCUUUUUUUAUUUACCUUUUCCUUUAUUCAUCUUCUCUCUUUCCUUUCAUUUCCAUUUUUGGUAGAAUUUCUGUUUACGUAAUAAAUGUAGUUUUUUUCUGUUUUCCGGAAACAAAGGUGCAGGUUGUUUUAUUUAUAUCUCACAGCUCCAGCGAAUGAAAUGAACAUCAGACCUGCAUUUGACCCUGUGAGUCGCUGUACGCAGCGUGACGUCAGAACACACGUAUAGCUGUGUGAGUGUGUGAGUGAGUGUGUGAGUGAGUGUGUGAGUGAGUGUGUGAGUGUGUGUGUGAG